CAUGGGCGUGGUCUGGGCGUGGCCUCAGAGCUUUUCUCUCCUGCCCGCGCGCCCUGUGGUCCGCGCUGUUACCCACCGCCGUCUGAGCUGACGCCAAGCCGCUCGCCGCGAUGGAGCCCGCCGCGGAGAUCCUGGUGGAAAGCCCGGACGUGGUCUACAGCCCCGAGGCCAUCGAGUCGCGCUAUGAGUACCGGACCACUCGCGUCAGCCGCGAGGGCGCCGUGCUGCGGGUGCAGCCCACGACUACUCGCUUCACCUUCCGCACCGCCCGGCAGGUGCCCCGGCUCGGGGUCAUGCUGGUCGGCUGGGGCGGGAACAACGGCUCCACGCUCACAGCGGCGGUACUGGCCAACCGGCUGCGCCUGACCUGGCCCACGCGCACAGGUCGCAAGGAGGCAAACUAUUAUGGCUCGUUGACCCAGGCGGGCACUGUGAACCUGGGUCUGGAUGGGAACGGCCGGGAAGUGUUUGUACCCUUCACUACGCUGCUACCCAUGGUGGCCCCCAACGACCUGGUGUUUGACGGCUGGGAUAUCUCCUCGCUGAACCUGGCCGAGGCGAUGAGGCGCGCGCAGGUCCUGGACUGCGGCCUGCAGGAGCAGCUCUGGCCCCACAUGGAGAACCUGCGUCCGCGGCCCUCCGUCUACAUUCCUGAGUUCAUCGCCACCAACCAGACUGCACGUGCGGACAACCUCAUCCCUGGCACACGUGCGCAGCAGUUGGAGCAGAUCCGGAAGGACAUUCGAGACUUCCGGUCCAGCGCAGGAUUGGACAAGGUCAUCGUGCUGUGGACCGCCAACACAGAGCGCUUCUGCGAGGUGGUCCCGGGUCGCAAUGACACCGCCGAAAACCUGCUGCGUACCAUCCAGCUUGGCCUAGAGGUGUCACCAUCCACACUCUUUGCCGUGGCCAGCAUCCUAGAGGGCUGCGCCUUCCUCAACGGGUCCCCCCAGAACACACUGGUGCCCGGCGCCCUGGAGCUGGCUUCUCAGCGCCACGUAUUCGUGGGUGGCGACGACUUCAAAACAGGCCAGACAAAGGUCAAGUCUGUCCUGGUGGACUUCCUCAUCGGCUCUGGCCUCAAGACCAUGUCCAUCGUGAGCUACAACCACCUGGGCAACAACGACGGGCAGAACCUGUCCGCCCCGCUGCAGUUCCGCUCCAAGGAGGUGACGAAGAGCAGCGUGGUGGAGGACAUGGUUCAGAGCAACCGUGUGCUCUACGCACCUGGAGAGGAGCCAGACCACUGCGUGGUGAUCAAAUACGUCCCGUACGUGGGGGACAGCAAGCGCGCGCUGGACGAGUACACCUCCGAGCUGAUGCUGGGCGGGACCAACACCCUGGUGCUCCACAACACCUGUGAGGACUCCCUCCUGGCCGCGCCCAUCAUGCUGGACCUAGUGCUGCUCACGGAGCUGUGUCAGCGCGUGAGCUUCUUCACUGACUCGGACCCCGAGCCUCAGGGCUUCCACCCGGUGCUGUCCGUGCUCAGCUUCCUCUUUAAGGCCCCGCUGGUCCCCCCUGGCAGCCCGGUGGUGAACGCGCUCUUCCGCCAGCGUAGCUGUAUCGAGAACAUUCUCAGGGCAUGUGUGGGCCUCCCGCCCCAGAACCACAUGCUGUUAGAGCACAAGAUGGAGCGCCCAGGCCUGGGCAUCAACCCAGAGAUGGCGGCCACCAACCCACUGCCCAGCAAGAAGGAGGCCACACCUGCUGCCACCAAUGGCUGCACCGGGGAUGCCAAUGGGCACGCGCAGGCGCCGGGAGAGGUGUCUACCACUUGAACCAGGCGAUCCUUCUAUCCCCACCCCCUUAACCACUGUGCUCCCGACCUUGCCCAAGAGAACAAUAAAGGGUCCUUGGCAGACAA